AUGGAAAUGGAAAUCACCAUGAUCAAUAAGACGAUAUCGGAGACAAUGCCAGGUACAAACUCCUUCGUGAGGUCUGGAUGGCGACAUAAGGGGUAUGGUCUCAUAACACCCUACCUAGAAUUGGCCAAGAAACUACUAGAAACUUUAUCAUAUACUUGUGUUCAACCCUGGCUAAUCUCGGUUGCAUCAAGCAAAAAAAUCAGUGAAGAGUUUGCGCAGUCAAUGCAAUUAGUCUCACUCCAUUUGCCAACCUUGCCGGGCCUUCCUACUCACCUGUACGCCACCAAUGGCCUCCCGCUCGACCUCAUGUUCGGCAUGGCUGAACCCGAAUUCGCCAAUAUUUUAUCGUUGAUAAAGCCUGACUUGCUAAUCUAUGAUUUCCUCCAGCCUUGGGCACCACUUGCGGCUUCUGUCCAAAAUAUCCCAGCAGUUGAGUUCAUUACCAGCAGUUCCACGAUGACAUCUUUCUUGUUUCAUCACCUCAAAAGGCCAGGUAUCAAUUCUCCUUCCCGACGGUUUAUUUUUGGGAUCGUGAGAGAGAAAAAGAUCGUGCUUCAGGGGUGUUGCGACGGUUCUAGAAAAACUGAGGCCAAAUAUAUUGAUUAUGUAACUGAAUUAGCUGGAAAGAAGUUUGUGCUAGUUGAUUCGUUGGUUCAAGAACCGAGCCUUGAUGAUGAGAAUCCCGAUAUCGUAGAAUGGCUUAACAAAAAAGAAAAGAAAUCCACUGUUUUUGUUUCCUUUGGUAGUGAAUAUUUUCAUUCCAAAGAAGACACUGAAGAAAUUGCUCGAGGUUUAGAACCAAGCAACAUUAACUUCAUAUGGGUCGUGAGGUUUCCUAAAGAUGUGGAACGUAAACUCGAGGAGACACUGCCAAAAGGGUAUCUUGAAAGAGUUAGCGAUAGAGGAUUGGCGGUCGAGAGACGGGCCCGCAGUCACUGUGGAUGGAGCUCAGUUUUGGAGAGUAUGCAUCUUGGAAUUCCGAUUAUUGCAAUGCCUAUGCAACUUGACCCCAGAUUUGUUGAGGAUAUUGGUGUUGGUGUGGAGGUGGAGGUGGUGAGAAACUCGAAGGGACAGCUUCACACAGAGAGAGUAGCAGAAGUUAUUAAGCAAGUUGUGAUGGAAAAAAGUGGAGAAUUUUUGAGGAAAAAUGCUGAUGAAAUGUAA